ACUACGAUGGCUCAUCAGCUAAUUCUAACUAUAUCUGACUUAUUGCCCCCCUUCGCUCUGCCUUCCCUGGCCUUUUCACCCCGACCACUACCCCAGUGAUUUUUUUUUUGGUGAUAUAGUUCCCUUUUCCUGCUCAUUGCUGUCGUUGCGCGACGGUGAGCCUCUCCGUGGGGUAUCACACUCGGGAAGCUUUCUUAGAGUCGCAUUCUCGAGUGCCUGUGUCGCCCGUCUUCCAGGGGAUAUGACCCUCGCACUCCACCUGUCGCAUACAACACCACACUCCGAAACAACAUAAUAAAAAUCACAAAUGACAAAUCAGGCAUUGCACGGGCUCUGCCCCGCCCCAUUCUUCCAGGAGUCUCUCUUUCCAUCCCACGGCGGAUAUAUCGAAGGACGGUAUUGUUCGAAGAUCGGUAGUACCUCUUGCUGUAUGCCAUGUCCCUUGGCGGACUGGAUUUAUGGAGAGGACAUCACGACGAAGGCGAACGCUGCGAGUUGGCUGAGUGUCGCAGUCUUGCCCCUUUGUAUCUUCCUCCUCGUCUCUUAUGCAGUCCUUCCAGCAAAAUGGACGCAUCGUCAUUACCUGAGUAUCUGCUUUACUCUAGGAAUCUGCUGUAUGGAGGUUGCAUUCAUUAUUCCUAUCGGGGCUAAACCUGACCAAUGCUACAAUCCAAUUACGCCCAAUGAUAUGCGUUCGAAUCUUUCCUGCGCAUGGUCCGGGACUUUACUCCUCUUCGGAGGCUGGGCCGUAGUUACGUGGAGUUUCAUCCGUACCCUUGCUUUUCACCUCCAAGUCUGCUGGGAGGUGAUCCUUGGCAACAAGUUUAUGUGGGGGGCUUUCAUUUGCGGCUGGGGCAUCCCCGGCAUUGGCAUCACGGUGAUGCUCAUCCUGACGGGAGUCUCCUUUCGCUUUGGGGACAUGUGCCAUAUCAACAUCAAAUAUGGAACCAAGGAUUACUGGGCCCCGAUCAUGGCCUUUGCCGCAGCAUCGCUGGUUUUGCAACUUGCCACGAUGGCCUAUUGUAUCCAUGUCUAUGUGAAAUCUAUCUUUGACACCAACAACGAUUCGAGCACCAACAGUUCCCGUCUGCCAUCGUAUACGUCCAGUAUCCGGACCGUCACCGCGCGCCAGGCAUACCGACGCAUCCGCCGCGUCCUCCAGUUACAGUGGCGGGGGGUGGCCCUGGUCUUGAUCAUCAUCGGCAAUGUCAUCUUCUUCGCUGUGGUCUUCAUCCAGAUCGACAACAAGAUGAAUAUGACGCACGAAAACCUAGAAAGGGCCCAGCCGUGGCUUGCAUGUCUGAUAGACACUAAGGGCGACCGGAAGAAAUGCCGCAAGGAGGCCCUCAGCAUCGGACCCGGCGAGAGUACAAUCCUGGCAUUAUUAAUCCUGCUAUCGCUGGUUGGUCUGUGGAACUUCAUCCUGUUCGCCCGACCCUCGAUGUUCCUCGGAUGGGCCGAGUUCUUCAAACUGAAAUUCGGCCGAAACCAGGAGUUCGUCUCUGUGGAUGCGCGCACGAAAACCCCUGACACUCGAACCUACGAGAUGCUCGAAAGCACGGGACUGCAAUCAUGCAAGUCCCCGGAACCUAUCGCCCGGGCGCCCAGCGUUGCACGUAGCGUUGCGCGCACCAUGAGCCCCGAGGGGAGCCACUACGGACGCGAGGCGCGGUACGUGCGGCCGUCGAUGAGUUUCUCCUCGCCUCGGCCACCCAGCGCAUCACAAGGGCGUGAUUGGGAUCCCCAGGCUACGUUUGCCCCGGCGAAUCAUCAGCAUAGCCCUUCGCAAUGAUGUUGUGUUUCUUUUCUUUCCUUUUUU